AUGACUGAUCAGCGUGUUGGUACGUUAGGACAAGGGAAAUCGACGAGUCGGCAUAGGCACUCUGCUAGUAUUAGUUCAAGGGAACUCAACAACGCUCGUCGGGAUUAUUCGAGAACGCCUCGAAAACUGUUUGAUCCGACCAAUGAUCCUAUACCCAAGGCGACAAAGUCCGAUGAUAGUGAGGACUAUAAAAGAAAUACUGUGUCAAAACCCAAUAAUCGUCGGCUCUUCGAUCCAGAACGUGAUCCUGUGAUUCCUACGUCAAAGUAUCUAACGACUGGCAACUCGUCACAUGGAUCCUUUGAGUCUGAAACCAAAAUUGUUGGUCACCAAGCCGUUUUACAAACUCGCGAAGAGUCAAGUGGGCAAUCAAAAUCUGCCGUGGAGAAAUCAUCGUCUAGGCGUAGGAGCAGAAAUCUAGUUGACGAAGACGUUGCGCGUGCUCGUUGCUAUCAGUUUCGUGGUGGAAGCACAAGCAGCUUAUCAAACUCGGGCAAUGUUUUGAAAGGCGAAAAUGUGAGCAAGCAGGAUGCUACUUCUAGUGCGAUCAAGUUGCUUCUUGAAGAGAUUUACCAGCUAGAAUCUCAAAUUGCGGAAGAUGACCUUCAUUUCAAUAGUUACUUGAAGAAUGGAAAGUUUCUUAAAGAUGAAACUUACUGGCGAGAGAAAGUGGAUUUACGCAUACGGUUGUCAAGAAAGUAUGCGCAGUAUAUUCAUUUGCAUCACUCGCUUGCUAUUAAGAAUGAAAUAGAGACGAAAUGCUGGAAAAUUUGUUUCUACUCUUUGAUAGAGAAGUUUCGCCAGGCUAUUAAAAUGGAGAGAUUUCAGUCAUCAGAUUCAUCCAUCAUGUUAACCAAGUUCUAUGAUUUUUUGGAUAAAGCAGAGGAAUUUUAUAAACUAAUGAUCGUUCAAAUGGAUAAAGAUUCGGAGAAUGUAGGUGAAAAAUUUAAGACUCCACGAUGGUUCAGAUGUGUUGACUGUCUUGGUGAUAUUUCGAGGUAUCGCUGGAGCUACAGCGUGGACGAUCUAGAAGUUAGUCGAGAUAGUUUGGCAGACAUUGCUUCUAGCUGGUAUCUUAUGGGCGUUAAGCUCAAUCCUACUAAUGGUAAGUUCUAUCACCAUUUAGCUAUCCUGGCACCAAAGAACGAGCUAAGAAUCCUAUAUUAUUAUUGUCGGAGCCUCAUGGUCAAGAUUCCAUUUCUCACUGCUCGGGAAUCGCUCGUGUUGUUUUUCGAGAACAAUAGAAAACGCUUUACUUCCCUCGAAUCAAGCCCAACGAAAGCGAAGGGUGAAUCUAUGCGAUCUCGUCCAAGUAGCACAACUUUCUCCUUAAGUGAACCAGCUGAGCACCAAACCUUUCUUGGUCUAUUUGUGCGCCUGCAUGGAAUGCUUUUUACGAAAAUUGGACUUGAGCGUUUUGAGGAAAUUGAACAAGCUUUUCUUUUGCGUGCGUGUACAGACAAUGACGAUGGGACGCCCGCGGAGUGUCAAUCAUGCGAUUUGUUUUUGAAAAUGGCAACCAUUAAUUUAUCCAGUUUUUAUGAUUAUGGAAGCAAAGAGGCAUCAUCAUUCAAACACGCACUGAGACCCUUUGAUGAUAUGGGGAAUAAUUAUGCGCAAACGGUUGCGGCUGAUUUUGCAUUUUCUCAGGCUUGUAGGUUGACCUUCAAGCUUAUGUAUAAGUUUAUGCUUAAGUAUACUAGCUUAGAUGCAAAUUCCGGACCCAAUCCCACAUCGGAGGGUUGGAUUUUGUACAUCGAAAUUGUGUUGCUUUGGAUGGUUGCCAGUGGUGUCUUCAAAACAAACGCUGAGGACGUUCGUAAAAAUGUAUGGGAUGCAAUGAUAGGCAAUUCGAUUUUAAGUGAAUUUUGGUCUGCGCUUGCCAGAUUUCUCACCCAUAUUGCCGAAGAAGUUGCUUUAACUAAGGAGAUAGUAACAGACUUGUUGGAUGAGAGAAACUCUGCCAGUAAAUUUCUGUUGAGAAAUCCCGUCUUACCUGAGGAUUGGGAAUUACGCGGAAUUGUGUGGUUAGAAAGAGUUUACUCGCCAAAAUUGUCUGAAGACGAUAGGAAGUCACUUAUUAGGAGCAUCGAAAAUCAGGAUGCUCAAUUGUUAAGUGAAAGUGUACGGACGCAAUAUUCUUCAUGGUUGAACCAGGAUGUCAUUAAGGGUCGCCGAUACCGAAUUCUUGAGCUCGGCGUUAUUCUUAGCGAAAAACGUCGCCUGGAGUUAGAGGCUCUACUUGCGGCAACAAGGAACAGUCCAUCAGUCAAAGUGACUUCACGCCUACGUAGCCAGAAGGGUUUGAGGAAAAAUGCUGCAACUUCGCGAAUCAGGCCGAAUAUCACUAGUCUUGUAAUAGACACCAAUUGUUUCAUAGGUGACUUGAAGAUGAUGAAAGAGAUCAUACAGUGCGAGAAAUGGACUGUUAUAGUUCCACUAGUAGUUAUCACAGAGCUGGAUGGACUAAGUCAUAAUCCGCCACCGCUUGGCAAUGCUUCAGCAGAGGCCAUUACGUAUAUUGAACAGACAUUACUGGCAAAACGAUCCAGGAAGCUCAAGAUCCAAACAAGCAAGGGCAACUAUGUGUCCGACAUCAGUUUCAAGGAAAUGUUUGAUUUCGGCGAAGGGGAAAAUAAAAGGAAGAAUCUUGAUGAUCUUAUAUUAGGAAUAUGCUUUUGGCAUAUCAGCAACCAAAAUAGCAGCACUCGCCAAACUCGAAAUGAUUCUGAUCUAAAUAAUAUCGCAACAGUCGUCUUGCUUACUAACGAUCGUAAUUUGCGGGUAAAGGCGCGUGCACGCGAAGUUGAUGUUGCGGUUCAGUUGUCAAUAUUCCUUUUAUUCUCGUUUGGAAUUGAAGAACACACGAAAGAUGGGCUGACUGCACGGUUAAUUACAGUUGCUUUUUCUCUUGCGUGUGUGCAAACCUGGUCAUUGGAUAGAUGCUGGGUGUUGACCGCACAAGCCGAGAAUAGCAAAACAGCAACGCGAGACGUUGGUUGUGUGGACAACUACACUGUUCCUCUAAUGAGUCCCCAGCGGCGACGAUUUCGAAUUGAUUCAACUGUUUAUGCUUUACGAACAAACCAAAUGUACUGGUAA